AUGUAUAUAUUUUUAAAUAUCUGCCUCAGUAAUAAAAGUUUGUAGUAGCUCAUCGAGCUGAGGUGGAGUUUUUGGAUACUCUCCUGUCCCGUUUUUUCUGUUGUCUCUAGACUAUUACAUUUCUAUUAAUAGAACAGUUUCGUUUGUGAUUCUGUCACAAAUAUGUGCAAAAAUGUAUUUCUAAUGCAAGGGGAAACGAUUACAAAAACGCAUCAACAGGAUAAUUAACAGUAAAACCAGGACAUCCGUCCUCUGUAUUGCGUUUACUGCGUGGCUUUUCCUUUACUUUCAUCUCUGGACGUCUCCUGGUCCUCCCAUGGAUGUGCGCUUUGCGCAUGCUCCGUGCAUCUUCUCCAUCCUUCAGGUCUGGAAGCUCGUGCAAAGAUGCUCAGCGGAUCCCCUCGCUCCUCUCAGGGUGAAAGCGCGUAAUCCGGAGGGGCGGACGCAGGAAACGGUUCGGGUUCGUGCAGGUUCGACUCCCCGGUGUGCGCUCGCGCAACAUGGAGCUGAAGAAAUCUAUCUCGGACACGGAGAGCGCGCUCAGGAGCUACGGUGCCGUGUCGGAAACCGCGUGGACAACAGACAAAGGUCACUCAGACGUGUCCAUGGCAGAAAGCACCAUGUCUCCAGAGGAGAUCGAGGUGGAGAUGGUCCGCAUCCAGCGCCUGCGGGAGGUCCUGGUGCGCAGAGAGUCCGAGCUCCGCUUCAUGAUGGAUGACAUUCAGCUCUGCAAAGACAUCAUGAGUAUGAAGAAGGAGCUGAGACAGAUCGUCGCAGUACCAGAGAAAGAGAAAACCAAAAAGCAGCGUCAGCGAGAAGAGGAGUUGAUCCUGAAGAUCCACAAGCUGGUGCAGAAGAGGGAUUUUCUGGUGGAUGAUGCAGAGGUGGAGAGACUGAGGGAGCAGGAGGAGGACAAAGAGAUGGCCGAGUUCCUCCGGCUGAAGCUCAGGCCUCUGGAGGAGAAGCUCAAAGUCGCACAGAAUCCUCCGAAGGUCAAGAGACAAAUCCCAGAGCCUCCUCCCAAUAAACCUUCCAUCACCAAGUCAGUGGCCAUCAUUAAGGACUGCUGCGGCGCCACCCAGUGCGCUGUGAUGUAACCGCUGCUCCGCGUCCCGACCCUCACAUAACACGACCCUGUCAAUCAAAACUGCAGCCGGAAGAGUUUGUCCCUGAAUCUCCUUAGAAGAUCAGCGCAGACGGAGUCAGUAACCCACAAAGAUGAAGCAGCAUCACUCCAGAGUGCACCUUUUCUAAAUUGCAUCAAUAAGACGUGUGGAGAUAAAAUGCUGGUUGAGGAAAAUCUUAAUGAGUUUCUUUUGCUGCAAUUUAACAAAAAGGAACACAGAUGUGAGACAAAAAAAGGCACCUCCAAGAAGGUGGUUCAAUGCAAACUAUGGCAAGAAUGUGGAUCAUUCCAGUCCAAGCGUGUCCAGGCAAACUCAGGAGGCUAUAAAAGAUAAAGAAUAAAGCAACAGACACGAGCAGCAAAGAGUCUGGAUCUUCAGCCAAUCAUCUGUGGUUGAGGAAAUCAGAAAAGAAAAAAAAAGGCUUAUUUUUGGUCCCAUUUUACCCCAAUAAAAUAAUAAAUAAAAAAUAGGUAGUUUCUUCAAGUUCAGGUUGGCAUAAAAUUAGACUGAAGAUUUCCUUUAUAUUUUUCCUUGAAUUUUUUCCCUCCAGGCCUCAGAGGUCGGCUUUGUCUGGACAAAAAUAAGAAAAUGAUCCAAUAGAGAAAAAAAAAAGCUGCUAAAUAUUCAUUCUUUAGGAGUUUUACUGCGUAUUCAUCAAUGGGGUUUAAAAACAUUAAAGGAGAGCUAAAGACUGAAGUUUAGUGUGACUCGAUGUUGAUACAAAUGUUCUACUUUCUUUAAACUCCUUAAAAGUUUAACUCAUUGCAGAUGUUUCUGUAGAACAAGAGGGCCAAAAGGCCACAAGGUGAAGUCCGAGAGAAACGGCGACAAAAAAACAUUUGUUCUCACAUUUAGGUCACGGAGGAAAUAAUUAUUUUAACUCAUUUUAUAAGACGGUCUCCCAUCAAGCAACUUAUGCAAAUGUUUAGUUUACGUACCACAGAAUUAAACCUGUCAGAUCAAACUAAACAUUGAGUUUUAAUUCAUUGUUACAGAAAGUGAACCAGAAUACAUGUGACCCAUCAGGAAAAUGAGGAGGAUGUGCUCUGCUCAAAUGUUUGCAUGCUUUUAUUUUGAAAAACUGUUCUGCCUCUACAGUAUUGCAGUCACAUCUCUUCUGGUGGAAGUUGGCUGUGGCUGUUCUUUGGAUACAAAACUGUUACUGGUUCAUCUGCAGGGGGAAAGAGAAAUUCCAGAAACCCACAGGCUUUAAAAAAUAAAUAAAUAAACGACAAUAUUUUUAACAGCCCACAAAGCCGAGCAAAGUCUACCUUUACUUUAAAUCAGGCUGGUUUUUGACCAUCAGUUCAAAUUAAACCACCAACUCUGAAUGUGAGGAAAGAUUUUACGAGAUCAAACAUGUUUGGAGUAACCUUGAAAUGUGUAAACGUCUUGACCGCUGCUGCAGAUGCUGCUGAGAAGAAACCCAAAUCAUUCAGAUGAAAAAAAUGUCCUCAAUGUCAAACUGCUGCAAUCCUGGAUAGCCCCCCCCCCCCCCCCCCCCCCCCGGUUUCAUUCAUCAGCCUCUUUCCCCUUUUCCAGUCCACAGGAACAAGCCAACAUUUCAUUGCCUGUAAAUACCAACGCUGCAGCCGUCCGUCAUCCUGAGGAUCCUCCCCCUUCAACUCGCUGCAGAUGAAGAGUGGAGGUCUGAUGUCAUCAGUAUAUAAGCAUACGAAUAUUCUCUGAAUUUAGCCUGUUUUUAUGACUAAACGCAGCUCCCACAGCCUGCAUGGACGCCGCGUGUUUGCGUGUCACGGCCCAACAGGCCGUCUCGCCGUCCCGUUCCCUUCACGUUCUGUAGUCGUGGUACAUUUUUAGAGAUCUUGAUGAUGAGUGUUGAACAAGUAUGCAUAAGCCGACACUACUGUACAUGAAGUGUACGUUUAAAUAAAGGAGCAUUUUUCUGGACUC